CUUGCCACGGUGCCUGCAUUUGUAGAUGGAUGAGUAGUGGAAUUGGACUCGCUAUUUCAGCAAACACCUAAACUGCAGCGUCCAGCCCCAACAGAUAUGAUACUCCGCCACCAUCGCCUCUUAAACCUCCACAUGCUCUCCACUCCUCCCAUCGCUCCGUCUCUCGCCGCGGUCUCCUUCCGCCGCCCGCUCUCCCUUGCCGCACAUACGACGCCCGGAACCGGCUCUCCUCCUCCUCCGCCUCCUUCACCUCAUCCCGUCAAGCCCUCCUUGGCCUCCAAUGUGGCGGGCGCGGACUUGGUGAGGACCGCACUCUUCGUGCCGCCGGGGGUGGCGCGGGAGGAGGUGACGCCGGAUAUGUUGCUACCGGGUUCCAACAUCGUGGUCGGGCCCUACGCUGGUCACGCGCAGAUCAAGCAGGUGGAGUUCGUGAAAAGCAGCGCCCGGGCGCGCGACUGCCCCAAGGAUAACCGCCCCGAGUUCGCCAUCCUCGGCAGGUCCAACGUCGGCAAGUCCUCCCUCAUCAAUGCCCUCGUCCGUAAGAAGGAGUUCGCCCUCACUUCCAAGAAGCCAGGGAAGACGCAACUUAUAAAUCACUUUCUGGUCAACAAAAGCUGGUACAUCGUCGAUCUGCCCGGCUAUGGGUUUGCAAAUGCUUCUCAGUCUGCUCGAACAGAUUGGUCUUCAUUUACCAAGGGUUACUUUCUAAACCGUGAUACCUUGGUUGCUGUCUUGCUUCUUGUUGAUGCCAGUAUUCCACCUCAGCAGAUAGAUCUUGACUGUGCUAACUGGCUCGGCCGUAACAAUAUUGGCAUGACUUUUGUGUUCACCAAGUGUGACAAGAUAAAGGGUGGUAAAGGAAAGCGAUCUGAUGAUAACAUCAAGCAUUUCCAAGAUCUUAUCAGUAAGUACUACAAGGAGCCUCCACCAUGGAUCAUGACUAGCAGUGUUACUGGCCUUGGUCGAGAUGAGCUUCUUCUUCAUAUGUCGCAGCUAAGGAAUUACUGGGACAACGAUGAGGUAGUUUGAAACCCAAAAGCCUCGACAAAGACAGUUGGGAGUUGUACUAUAUUUGUCAAACCUCUGUUUACCUGAGUUGUCAUGCGGAAUGUGAUUGCAGCUCAUGGGAUGAAAGUUAAGCUAUGUGCUUCCUUUCCUAACCUGGAUUGCAGUUCAUGUUUUCGUCAAUUGGUUCAUAGAUAUAUGUUGACUUGUAAAGAUCUAAAUGUAUUAUUACUGUUAACUUGGAUUCAAGUAUUUUGAAAAGCAUAUUGAUAGAUUAGUUAUCUCAUCAAA